AACUUAUCAUAUCCUUCUUAAGACAUUGAGGUAUACCUGACGCUGCGAUAACUGUUACUGGAGUUUUUAUUUUCAGGACAAAGAGGAUUAUUUCUAGUAUUUCAAUUCAUUUAAAAGGGUUUAAAUUCGUCUUUAGUCAUAACAGUGUGGAAAAGCUGUUGAACUGGUUUUAAUACAUUCUUUUAUUUCCAUAAAACGUUUAUGUUUGCACAGGGGGAUCGCCUAGUGGAAUGAUGGGAUUUAUCGGAUGUAUUAAAAAUCUGAGGAUUUUGGGAAAAUACGUUGACCUUUCCAAACACGUCACUGAUGGGAUACUGAAAGGUUGUGUUGGCCAGUGCGACAGUAGCCCGUGCUUGAAUGGCGGGAGAUGUAAAGAAAUUGGUACGACAUUUUUCUGUGACUGUGCAAACACGGGAUACACAGGAUGUUAUUGUGGAAAAGAUUUCUCUUUGAAUGUAUCCGAGAGUAAGAGUUUCACGAACAAUAUUAUCUCGUCAACUCCUCCGGAGAAGAUCCUUCAGGUUGGUUUUUCUACCCAAACAAAGGACAACACAUUUGUGGUGCUAACUGAAGAAGGUUCUGGAGCCAAGUUAGAAAUAUCCAUUGCUGACACCGGUAGGUUAUCUGCAAAAGUUAUGAAUGGCACCAACAUCGAAGAGAAAACAUUUGAUGGUCGAGUUGAUGAUAACAUGCCACACUAUAUAAACUUCUAUCAACGUGACAGUCAGUCAAUCAUCCAGUUAGACAACGUAAACAUGACAUUUGGUGGAAAAUUAUUUCCGUUGUCAGCUAUGCACACAAUACGAAUAGGAACAACCGGUGAAAAUUUACAGCCUAACCAGACUUAUACAGGGUGUGUCUUCAGCAUUGAAUCUGGCCAGCAUAAAUUCCCGCUAAAUGAAGGAAAUACUGGUGUGGACUCUUGUGCUCCUUCACACGUACCUAUGGGACUCAGAGCAUAUAGGGAAGGCAUCAUGAAACAUAUCCACGACUCAGAACAAAACAUCAGUGCCCGCAGUCCAGCGUUCAUUGAGAGCUUCUCGGCCUAUCGCCUCAACAACGCGCUCGAGGAAAUGGGAAGCGGUUCUGUAGUCCUGUCUGAACCGGUUAGACUUGUCUGCAACGCCUCUGGAUCACCUAAACCUAGAAUUAUCUGGAAAAAGAACAAUGUUGUCCAAGAGACGGAUUGCUAUCAUCUGAUGACCAGUGAUAGCCUAGUACUCCUGCCAAAACAGACAAACCAUGAGGACAAGUACACUUGUGAGGCAAUCAACUCGAAUGGGGUAUCUCAUAGCCUUAACAGCAUAGAAAUUGUGAAACCAGUGUCUGAUAAUACCCCUGCAAGUCAAAAAAACAGUACUGUGGCACCCGGCCAAAAUGUAUCAUUUUCGUGUAAACUUGGCACUUUCACUAUACCCAUGGCCGUGGCUGUUUGGGAAAAACAGAUCACUCAAGACAACGUGGUCAGCAGCCAGAUCAUCUGGACGGGAAGUCAUGACGCUGAUAAAAGAAUUAGGGUUACGAAGGACGGUAUGCUGGUAUUUGCUUCCGUUCUUCUCGAUGACGGUGACAGCAGCACCAAAUUUGUCUGCUACCGGGUCAACCCAUCCACCGGUCAAAGGAAUAAAGCAACCGAGGUUAGGCUGACAGUAACAGGUAAUACUAACUUGCGUCAUCCAUUUUUAUUAGAAGCCAUUUUGAGUUUGUGAAUUUCAGAGAUGUUGUCAGCGCUUCUCAAGCAAUUCUGCUGUAAGGAUCCAAUGAUUUCAGAUAUCUGCAAAUUUGCUUUCGAUCAUAGCCCGGUUUAUACUAAAAAUAGAAAAACAAUAAAAGGCUCAAAAUAAUCGCAGUCAAACCAUGAAUAUAUACAACAUAUAUAAAACUACUAGUAAUUAAGAUUAAUUGGUGUCUAUGUAGGACACCUGACCUGUGCUUUAUGAAAAUAUCAUCUUUUAUAUCAAUAAACAGCUGAAGAAAUGUAACCGACAUAAAUCAUAAAUUUUGGAUGAUUAAUCUGACGGCGUUGUUGUCAGAAAUUUCCUAAACUGUAGGUAGGGUGCACUGGAGGGAUGCACAAGGCAA